GCCUCAUUGUUGGGACGUUAACGCGGCUCCAGCUUCACUCCGUUCUGUGAUCAUGGCUGCACCGGACCUCAACAGCCAUGUUUGCUAAUUUAAAACCCAAAGGUUAGGGAAUAGUUGUUUAUAAUUUAUCGCUGUGUCAUCUUCACCCACGCUUACCCGUUAACACGGAGGGGGUUUAAAGCCGUCGGCGCCUCCGGAACCCAACGACUAAACAGAAAAAAGGUUGGCCUGUUUUGAGUGGAAUAUCGGUGAAACUUUGGAUGGUGGCGGUGUUGGAUGAUGAUGCUCUGCAGAAAUUGUCUGUAUGGACUCAAAUAACCAUUUCAACUAUGGCACCUCAACAAACUCAGGACUGAAACUCUCCUCAGGGGAUUCUCUUUAUACUAACGGGUCCUCCAUGAGUUUUCCUCAGCAGGGGAAGAAUCUGAAUGGCGAAAUGAAUGUGAAUGGCGUCACUACUGUACACGGGUCAAGCGUGUCUGGUUCCCACCCCCCGUCAGCUCCUUACCCGCACAUGAGCGGCCACCACCAGGGUGCCGUUGGCUACGAAUACCUGUGGGGGGGGCUCCCUCAGUAUGGCCCUGGCAUGGGCUCGUCAUCAGGGCAGGGUGUCCACCAGAAGCAGCCGGCGCCUGGGAUUCCACAGUCUCAGUCACAGCACCACUUCCAAAGCCAUGGCCAGUACCAACUGAAUGGCGGCGUGGAAGCGUCCCACCAGCCCCCCAUCGCAAGCCAAACAAACGUCCCUCUAACAGGCAACAGCCAGUAUUGGAACAGGAGCAACCCCACCCAACAGCAGAUGAGUUAUAAUUCCCCCAGCAUGUAUGGGAGCUUCCAGAGUCAGUCUCAUUCUGGCGUUACGCCUUCCCCACAUCACCAGCAGCAGACCUUACAACCACCCCCCCAUCAACCUUCUCAGCAGCCCCUCCUCUCCCACCAUCAGCCUCACCAUCACCACCAGCAGCAGCAGCAGCAGCAGCAGCAUUACAGUAUGAUGACAAAUGGGAUGCCCUUCUACCAGCCCCCCCAGCAGCAGCUGCCACAGCAAUCUCAAUCCCAGACUCGCAUGAUGCCCCCAGCUGCCCAGAACUUCACCCCACCCCGCGGCAGCCCACAGCACCACAGCUUGGGCAGAGGGAGCAGCAGCAGUCCUCUGCCGGUGGGGAUGUCGCCAACACCGGUUGUAUCACCACCAAUACAGGACAGUGGGUCACCCAAAGGUCUCAGCAGGGAUCGCAGCCCCCACACUAGCAGUGCAGGGAUGUCCUCUCCACUGCCAGGGUUUUCACGGGAAGCUGUUAAGGAAGUUGAUGCAAGCCACAUUGGCGGAGAAAAACCACCAAUUGUCCAGAGGUCACCAAAGACUGACAGCUACCAGCUUACACCUUCUGCUCCUCAUGCGAGUCCUAAAAGCGAUUAUCGUCAAUAUUCCGAUCAACCAGCAGCUCUGUAUCCAGAAGUUACUGCCUCUGUCAGAGAUGCAGUCGUUUCCUCACAUCUCCAGCAUGUAACCUCUCCACUUUCGGCAUCAAGUUCAGGGGCCUUGAUGUCUCAUAUGAAGACUUCGACUCCACCAGGGGUCUCUACUUCAUCUGGAUCUCCAACAUCUGCCUCCGGACCUCCGGUAGUGUUAUCCGGUGAUGUGGACGUGCCCUUCCCUUCGUCUUCUGCUGCUUCUUCAAAAAUUUCCUCACCUCCUAUUGUAGCCCAAGGCCUGAGGUCUUCUACUUUGCGAGUGUCGGAAACAUCUACCCUAGGAUUCAAGCUUCUGCCACAGGGGCACUCUUCCUCUCUGAUUCAUUCAAACAUGUCGAGUGAGAGCAUGUCUGUUGGCACAGUUUCUUCGGGCCCUCUGGUCUCUUCUUCAUCCGAGUUUUUAGUUGAUCAAACCAAGUCUGUACUUCCUCCUACAGUCUCUACACCUACAUGUGUUUCUCCUCCUGCCGUCGUCUCCAUCACUUCUCAAUCGGCAACAGUUUCAUCUCCAGCGUUGCUGUUGUCUCACGGGUCCAAGCCAGUUUUGCCGCCAUCUGUCGCCAAUGCAUUUGGAGGUCAGCAUGACAUACCUGCUCCCCCAAGGUUGAUAUCUGCUCCUUCAUCUUUGAGUACAAAUUCCUCAUCUCCCAGUGUGACAUCUUUGAAGAUUCCAGCGUCUUCACCUUCAAUGUUAUCUGUCCCCAGUUUAUCAGCGUCUGCAGGAGGAACCCCUUCAGUUGGCAGUAAACUUUCUGAACCAACUUCAGCAACAUCCCAGUAUCGCAAACACACUCCUCCAGCUGCCGACACAAGUCUUUCCACUGCUUUUGCAGCAUUGACGCCACCAAAAUUGGUGAAAGCGCCCUCUGUGACAGCCCAAACCGGCUCUCCAGUCCGACCUCCAUUCACCCUACCUCUAACCACUCAAGCCUCCAGGACUGCACCUUUGUCCAACCCUCCUGCCUUGGUUUACAUGCCUCCGCCGUUGGGGACGUCUUCUAAAGCUGUCGGAAACUCUGACUCUCCAAACCUCCCAUCUUCUACUCUGAUGUCAGAGCGUCAUGCUCCCAGUGAGGAGAAGAGGGAAGUGGAAAAUAAAAAGAACGGAAAACCAGAGGAGAGCCUAUCCAAGCUGGAUUCAGAUCUAGUAAGGACUGAGUCUCACAUGGUUGCGGUUGAAACCAAGAAGCCGGAAGACUACCAGUAUAAAUCUCCAACUGAUCCGCCAGGAAAAUUGUUACAAACGUCUGAACAAAAUCCCCAAAACGCUUCAGAUUUAGAGAAGCACGAAGUGAAGAGCAGCAUCCUGUCAGACGCAGCAGACUCUCCUGUGGCGUCUACUCCAAUCGGAAAGCCCCCGCAUCUCAUAUGCACAAGGUUACAACAUCAAACCAAUGAAGAAGGCUUUGACAACUCCUCUGAAAUUGCUUUUUACGACAAAGCAACAUUUGACUCCCCCUCUAGACUCUGUGCCAGCUCCAUCUUAGAAAAGACCUCUCAUAUCGAUGGCGAUUCCUCGUUUUUAGGUGAUUCUACUCAGUUUGACGCCUCUCAUCUGGACACCACGUCCUGUGCUGAGGAGAACCAGUCUGCUACGUUUGACAGCUCCGGAGAAGGCAGCUUCUCAGCGGAGGACUCCAGAGAUGACACCAGGGAGUCGACCAGGGAGGAGGAAACCUCCGAGGUGGAGGCGACCAGAAACAGCAGCCAGGUUACAGAAGGUUCAAUGCUGGAGUCGUCUUUAGAUACAACCAGUCAGACCGGAGACGCUGCUGCUGACUCGAGCCACGUGAACAACUCGUCUCAGCCAGUUUCUCAAGAUUCUGAAGGAGACUGGGAACCGAGUGGACAUGAUGCACCAGACUCGGCUGGACACAUUAAGAGCAGCGCUGAUGACACAACAACCCCGAGUUUCACAGUGAGAGAGGACAACUUUGUCGCCUUUAGUACGCCGGCAGAAAGUGCCGCUGUGCAUCCUCUCCAACCGGUAACCGUGCCGACCGGCGAAGCUGCAGGAGAUCUUCUGAAGACCACAAGCAAACGACGCAGACCUCGAACUCCAAAGACAGUGCUGGUUACCACUGCAGCUCCUGAGGAGAACUUGCGAAAGCCUCGGGUUCGAACACCCAAAGCGCAGAAGAUGAAGACCGAUGAAGAGGGAGGGAUGAAAGAGAUAGGAGCCGUGGGCAGAAAGAGGAAGAAAAUGCUCAAGGUUAAUGUUAAAGAAACGAUGGAGGUGUCCGUGGAGGCUGGCUCUCUCGCACAGGAGGUCGAUCCAAUAACGGCUGCAAUUAACGCCGUUCUGGCCAACGCUUCCGCCCUGAGCACAGCAGUGCAGAAACCCAAGAAGAUGAAGCGGGUCAGAAAACAGGACCAGGACGGAAGCGCGGUGGGAGCUCAGAAACGAGAUGCAGAGACGACUGCUGAUGAUGCUGAUGAAAACGAUGACAGCUCCACUGCAGGCGAAUCGAACAGAAGACGGGUGGCAACAGAAGAGCAGGUCCAGUUCCCACUUCAACACGGGUGGAAAAGGGAGAUUCGUGUGAAGAAAAUGGAUAACCGCAUGAAAGGGGAAACUUGGUAUUACACUCCAUGUGGAAGGAGGAUGAAGCAGUUUCCAGAAAUUAUCAAGUACCUCAAGAAACACUCGGAUGGCGUGGUCUCCAGAGAACACUUCAGCUUCAGCCCACGCAUGCCUGUUGGAGACUUUUAUGAAGAAAGAGAAACUUCAGAGGGUGUGAAGUGGGUCCUGCUAGCUAACGAGGAGGUUCCAUCGAUGAUCAUGGCCAUCACCGGUCGGCGUGGUCGACCUCCGAAUCCAGACAAAGAGAAACCUCGCCGGAUUGGAGCCCCAAAGGCAGGACAAGCCCGUCGCCCGGGUAGACCUCCUAAAUUCAACGCCGUCGACCUUCUCAGCAAAGUUGACGCCAAGCUGCUAAAUCGUCUGGAGGCUAAGGAAGCUCUCACCGAGGAGGAAAAGGAGAAACUAGCAAAAAUCAAAAAGAAAAUGAAAAGAAAGGCACGAAUGAAGAGAAGGGAGGAUUUAAAGAUUAAGAAGAUGAAAGAGGAGAAAAAGAAAGCCAAGCUCGAGCAAGAUGCCAAACUUCUGGAAGGGACUGCUGAGCCGUCGGAUCCAGCUGCUCCACAGCUCACGCAGUCAGAACCUGCUCCCGAACCCAAAAAGCCCGGCCGCAGGAGAGCAGCCAAAGUUGAAGCCGCCGCACCCGCCCAGCAGCCGUCUGAGGAGAAGGUGGUCCAGAGCAACAGGGUGACCAGCGCCCGGAGCAAAGCCAAGGCCUUAGCUAAAGCCCAGGCGGAGGCAGAGGCAGCAGCGCAGGCCGCUCUGGCGGCGAAGAGGGCGGCGGAGCGGAGAGCGCAGGCACAGAGACGCCUGGAGGAACGCAAGAGGCAACAGCUGAUCGCAGAGGAGCUGAAGAAGCCCACAGAAGAUAUGUGUCUCACUGAUCACAAACCUCUGCCGGAGCUGAGCCGUAUUCCCGGUUUGGUUCUUUCUGGAACGUCGUUCGCGCAUUGCCUGGCGGUGGUCGAGUUCUUGCAUGGCUACGGAAAGAUAAUUGGCAUCAAUGUGCCGAAGGACAUUCCCAGCCUCUCUACCCUGCAGGAGGGUCUGCUCGGUCUGGGCGACAGCCAGGGGGAAGUCCAGGACCUCCUUAUAAAGCUGAUGGAGUCGGUGCUUCAAGAUCCAGGCCUUCCGUCCUACUACCAGUCUGUGAAGAUACUUGGGGAGAAGUUGGUUGAUUUGGAGCUGACCCGCAACACAGUCUCAGAAGUUCUCCGUAUCUAUUUGGAGUCUCAUGGCUACGAGACGGAAGUGUGCAACACGCUGAGGACCAAAACGUUUCACAUCCUUCCUCCCGACACCAAGGCAGCCAUCCUGGGUUUCCUGGUGGAGGAGCUGAACAGCAGCAACAUUGUGACGAGUGACAUUGACAACACGUUGGAGAACAUGGCAACAUACAGGAAGAAUAAAUGGAUUAUUGAGAGAAAACUUCGCAAACUGAAGUCGGUGCUGGCGCGUCGCACCGGACGCUCUGAGGAGGAGCUGUGCUUCGAGGAGAGGCGGCGCAGCGCCAGAGUCGCCGAGGAGGAGAACUUCAGUCUGGAGGAGAGCGGUUUGGUCCUGGAGAGAGGAAGCAGGCGCGCACGCAAAGAAGAACCCAAACUCAGCGAUAGUGAGAGCCCCACCACUGCCAGCAUUCCAGAGCUUGAAAGGCAAAUAGAUAAGCUAACUAAGCGUCAAGCGUUUUUCCGUAAAAAGCUGCUCCAGUCGUCUCAUUCCAUGCGGGUCGUCAUGCUGGGUCAGGACCGGUACCGCCGCAGAUACUUGGCCCUUCCUCACCUCGGAGGAGUUCUGGUUGAAGGACCCGAGGAGCUGCUGACUUCAGCAGAAGUCUUUGUUGCUGAGGUUCCUGUCACAUUCCUGAAAAAGGAGCCCAAAGUCGAAGAGAUCCCAGUGCCAACCUCUCCACCCGCUCCCGCUUCACCCUCUGCUCCGUCCUCUGCCACGCCGAGCCAACCUCAGACCGCCUCUGUGGAAGACGACCCGCUUCCCGGCACCGCGUCCCUCAUGAGCACACAGAGGGGCCGUGGUCGCCCCCGGAAAAUCAAGCCGGAAGUCGAGCUGCACCUCCGCACGGCGAAGAUCCGCCGGCGGCGUCGGAGCAGCGUCAGGUCUGUGGGAGAGGAGGGGCCGGGGUCGCCCAACAGCGGCCUGCUGGACCUCACUCAGGCGGCAUUCAAGAGCUGGCUGAGCCAGUCGCAGGACGUCAUGACCAACGGUGGCGGCCCCGGGGCAGCGGGGGAUGCUCCUGAAGGCGGCCGCUCAGAGGAGAGCGUCAAAGAGCUGGCAGAGAAACACGGACAAUGGUUCAACCUUCUCCCCAAGCAGCCGUGUGAUGAUAACUCUCUGACCGAGCCCCAAACGCUGGCGUCACCAGGUUCCCCCCCCAAACUCCUCCCUCAGAUCCCGAGUGCACUGCCUGCGCUUGCUGCUCCGCUCAUGGAGCAUGACCAGCUCCUGCCUACUUUGACUCCUGCUGACCCCGUGACCCCAGCAGCACCUCAGGAUGGUCCCCCCACCGAUCUGGCUCCUGCUGCUCCACCCACAGCAUCUCCGCCUCCGCCAUCUGCCAUCGCUCCUCCUCCAGCUGCUCCAAUUACUCCUGGACGGCCCAAUCGGAGGCGUAGGCGGGGCAGCAGAGGCAGCAGUCCGGCCCGCAGGGGGCCCCGCGGCGCAGCGGCCAAACGCCGCGGCCGCCCGCCAAACGCCGUGUUCCAGGAACUGGAGCAGCAAUACUUCACACAACUGGUGGUGAAGCCCAUACCAGCAUCUAUGGUGCGAGGAUGGUGGUGGAUCAAGGAUCCAGAGGAACUGUACAUCACGCUGCAGGCGCUCCACCCACGCGGCAUCCGAGAGAAAGUUCUCCACAAGCAUUUGGCCAAACACAUGGAGAGCUUAGCUGAGAUGUGCACCAAACCCAUAAACGAUCCACUGUUUGAGCUGAAGACGGAGGACAAAGACGUGCUGCUGGAGGCGCUGCAGCAGCCCUGGCAGGUGCAGGAGAAAGCGAUGGAAGUGGAUGUCAGCGCCCUCCAGUGGGUGGAGGACCUGGAGCAGAGAGUCAUCGCUGCUGAUCUACAUUUAAAGGCUCUUCCUCAGGGUGCUCUGAACGAAGCUGAAAACAGCACAGAAACACCAGUCACUGAAUUUCAGCCUUACACCAUCCCAGACCCAGACUCCACCCGUGACGACCUGCAGUACUACGAGCACGACGCGGACCCCCGCGACGACUGGAUCGUGCGGACCAAGAAGGAGUGGUCCGGUUUGCCCCGCAUCGCCACGCACCCGCUGGACCUGGCUGUGCUGCGACUCGCCAACCUGGAGAGGAACAUCGAGAGGCGCUACCUGAAGGAGCCGCUCUGGAACCCGUCGGAAGUGAUGCGCCUCGCGCCGCUCACGCCGACACCCGGAGAGGAGCUCUCACUAGACGUGUUCAGUCUGGAGAGUGAGAUCACGUCUCGACUGCGGACGUGGCGACAGGCUCUGGAUCGCUGCCGCAGUGCGCCACAGCUCUGCCUCUGUGUGUUUCAGCUGGAGAAGGCCAUCGCCUGGGAGAGAUCGGUCACCAAAGUGACCUGCCAGGUGUGCAGGAAGGGGGACAACGACGAGUGCCUGCUGCUGUGUGACGGCUGCGAUCGCGGUUGCCACAUGUACUGCCUGAAGCCCAAAAUCACCCAGGUUCCAGAAGGAGAUUGGUUUUGUCCAACCUGUGUCCCUAAGAUGGAAGGCGAGUUGCUGAGCUCGUCCAAAAAGCGCACCAGGGUGAAGAAGAGGAGGUAUGAAGAGGACAGCAGUGAGGACGAGACCACAAAAAGACGCAGCGGCGGCAUGACAACGCGGCAUAAGGAGACCCCUGCGCCUUCAUCUUCUUCGUCUACCCGUUACUCUGGAGACGGAGGCGGCAGCAGCAGCAGCAGCAGCAAACGCCGGCGCAUAAUGACACGCAACCAACCUGACCUCACCUUCUGCGAGAUCAUUCUGAUGGAGAUGGAGGCUCAUGCAGACGCCUGGCCGUUCCUGGAGCCCGUCAACCCCCGACUGGUGCCGGGCUACCGCCGCAUCAUCAAGAACCCCAUGGACUUCCUCACCAUGAGAGAGAGACUGCUGCAGGGAGCUUACUGCAGCUGCGAUGAGUUUGCGGCCGACGCUCAGCUGGUCUUCAACAACUGCGAGCUGUUCAACGAGGACACGUCGGAGGUGGGCAUGGCGGGUCACUCCAUGAGGCGCUUCUUCGAGAGCCGCUGGGCGGAGUUCUACUCCAACAAGGACAAAUAGGAGCCUGCCAGGAUCGGCCUCAGGGUGGCGCUGUGGACUGUUGCUGCACUCUCCAGUGCUGCGAAGACUGGCUGGAGUCCUGCUCCGGCCUCCUGUAUUAUCUCAUGUAUAGGUAUAUAUGUAUAGGUUUUGGCUCUUUGUCUGUUAUCGUUUCCUGGGCAGGUCGAAUCUUUUUCUACCGCCGUUCCCCCGUCUCUCCACCUCUGCCCCUCUUCUCGUGUUCCUCCGGUCGCGUCCCAUCAGGCCGCUCGGCCGGCUCCACACUCGCACUGAAGGUCAGAGUGUGACCUUGUCACCCUAUCCCGGACCUGCUCGGCGCCGCCCGACGACUGAACGCACCUAGACUCUUCUGAGCAUUUCUUACCUGUUGUUUGGAAAUGUAAUGUAACGUGGUCUUAUGCCUAGGAGUAAUUUUUUUCAAUGGCUCACUAUAUUUUUAUUAUAUAUUCUAUAUAUAAAUAUAUAUAAAGAUUACAAUAGCUGGGAUUAUUUAAUAGCAAUAGCUCGUAGUGAAUGUGUACAGGCGACCCAAUAGAGAUGUUUAGACAUUUUAUGAAAAAAAAAAAAAAAUGGCCAGUGAAACUUAAAGGAAUCUGUUGUUGGACUGUCACCAGUAGAUGUUGUAUAACCUCCACUUAAAGUCACACACACAUACACGCACGCAUGCACGCCCACACACACUCGACACCAGUGUAUACGUAAUUUUACCCACAACCUCACCUGCUGCUCUCGUAGGAAACACUCAGAAGCUGGAGGGUUUUUAGAUUCGGUCAGUUGUAGAUUCGUAGACGUCGCUGCGAAGAGCAAAACGUUCUGCGAACAAGAAGCGUUCUCGCACCUGUAAAUAGGCUGUGCUGAUUGGACACUAGGAGGAAGUUUUUGCUGUUGGCAGUUGCAGGUUUUAGGAGCGUCUGUGCAUGUUUUACACAUCCAAUCCGCAGCUGCAAGCCCUGCUCUGGAGCAGGGUUUAAAUUAAAUCUCACAUUUUGUUUUUAGCUCAUUAUAGACCGGAUAAAAAAAAAUAAAAAGAUUUAAAGCAGACUGAAGUUUCAUUUUAAAGAGUAGAAUAUCUCAAGAGUUGAUUUUUGACAUACUGGGCGCUUUUCUGCCUUCUUCCUCUGUCUUGCAUUCCUUUUCAUUGAUUUAUUAUUGUUAUUCCUUUUUGGGGGCCAACGUAUGACGCUGCACGCUUGGUUUGCCACGAAGGUGACAGGAUGACUCCACAGUCUGGGUUUAUUUAAACUUGCUCCUUACACUGAACUUUUUUUUUUUUUUCCUUUUUUCUUUUUUCAGAAAAUGUAUUUAAAAAAAAAAAAAAAAAAGACAUGACAACCAAAUGUGGUGUUAAGUGAAUUUUUAAUAAUGUACAGUUUUGGUGACUUUAAAUUUGAUUCUUUAUAUUUUUAGGACCAAUUCAUCAUUUUUAAGAGGAGGUAUUACAGGACUCUGUUGUAUUAAGGUGAUGUAACACGUGUGCAUCUGUAGAAUGUACUGUGAGUUGAAUAAAAACACAUCUUGUAGAGAGGA